CCACAUUACUAGGCUGUUCUGCACUAUUUGCUCUCCAUAAAAUACAAUCGGUUAGACUAUCAACUGAUGAAAAGAUGAUGGGAUCCUUCUUACUACUUCUUUUAUUAUUCUUGGGUGUGCUGAGAUCAGAAAGUCAUGUUACUAACCUGGAAGAGUGUUUCCAAGAUCCUGAAUACGAAAAGUGGCUGGAUGUUGCCAGACAUGGUCUAGGAAGGACCUUGAAGCCUAAGACAGUUGUGAUUGUCGGAGCAGGAAUAAGUGGACUGACCGCUGCCAAAUUACUCAGAGAAGCUGGACAUCAGGUUGUGAUCCUGGAAGCCAGUAACCGUGUGGGAGGACGCAUAAAGACCCACCGAGAAAAAGGCUGGUAUAUAGAUUUGGGGCCAAUGCGAUUGCCCAAAAACCACAGAAUUGUACGUGAAUAUAUUAACAAGUUUAAACUUUGUCUACACCCAUUCACUCAGACUGAUAAGAAUGCCUGGUAUUUAAUUCAAAAUGUCAGACAAAAAAUGGCACUUAACAAUAAUGAAAUGUUUGGAUAUCAACUUAACCCCAAUGAGCGGGGAAAGUCUGCAGACCAGCUGUUUGAGGAGACGCUGAACAAGGUCACAGACAACUGUACCCUUCUGAAGGAAAAAUAUGAUUCGUUUUCCACAAAGGAAUAUCUCAUGAAGGAAGGAAAUUUGAGCAAAGGAGCUGUUGAGAUGAUUGGUGACUUCCUGAAUGAAGAAUCUGGAUUUCAUUACUCAUUCCUCCAUUCUGUUAUAGAUCAUUUUGUCUUUUCGAAUAACAGUUUUGAUGAAAUUGUUGAUGGAUUUGAUCAACUUCCUCAACGUUUCUUCCAGGAAAUGGUUAGAAUUGUCCAUUUCAAUUGCACUGUGGAGAAGAUACUUCGCACAAAAAACAAAGUGAGAGUCUUCUACAAAUGGUUGACGGGCUCUGCAUCUCUGGUUGCUGAUUAUGUCCUCAUCACAGCUACAGCAAAAGCCACACAACUCAUCAAAUUUGCGCCACCUCUUUCCACUCCCAAGACCCGGGCACUGCGGUCUUUGAUUUAUGCAAGUUCUACUAAAAUUGCCUUGGUUUGCACUGAGAAGUUUUGGGAGAAGGAUGGGAUCCGAGGAGGAAGAUCAAUCACAGAUCUCCCAUCACGAGUGAUUUACUAUCCAAAUCAUGAUUUCCCUCAUGGAAUAGGUGUCCUUCUGGCAUCCUAUACUUGGCAUUCUGACUCUGAUUUUUAUACUGCACUCAGUGAUGAAAAGUGUGCUGAUGUGGUGAUGGAUGACCUUGUGGAAAUCCAUCAAGUAUCUAAAAAUUAUCUCAGAUCGGUUUGUGGCAAAUACGUGGUGCAAAAAUGGACCCUUGACCAAUAUUCUAGGGGAGCAUUCAGCACAUACGCCCCAUACCAGUUUACCCAUUAUUCUCAGAUAUUGGCCCAGAAUGAAGGGAGGAUCUAUUUUGCUGGUGAACACACGAGUCAGCCACAGGCUUGGAUUGACACUUCCAUGAAAACUGCCAUAAAGGCAGCAGUCAAUAUCCACAAUGCAUAAAGGAAUAAUUUAUUGUGGAAGAAUUAAUCAAAUUAAUACAUUUUCAUUAAAUUCAUUCAUUACUAUGUCUAACCAUCAACUACAUUAAUCAAUGAAAAAAAAUUAACAUGAAAUAUAACAUUUCAUCCAAAUCAUAUAAUUAAAGGUAGACUAACAUUCUCUAUCUACUUAUAUUAUUACACUCAUUAAAACCUAAUCAAUAAAAGAUUACAAAUUCAUUAUCCAUCCCAAAGAUCCUAUAUCUUGCUUUCUUAAUUUUACAACUAUUUAAUCUUAAGCUAACAUAUUCAUUUACUAUUCAGAUGCCCCAAGUGUUUUUUUUAUUUAAAC